AUGUGGAACAACUUACUUGCGGUGAUGAAAAGAUUCAAAGAUGGAGAAUGGGUUAUGGGUGGAGAUUUUAAUGCCAUUAAAAAUUCAAGUGAGAGGAAAGGGAGGGCGGUUAUGCACAAUAAUAGGGAGAUUAUUGGUCAAUUCAUUGGAGACCGGGAUUUGUCGGAUCAUUGUCCAAUUUGGUUGUUGUCGGAUAAAUCUAAUUGGGGUCCUAAACCUUUUAGAUUUAAUAACGAGUGGUUUUCUAAAUAUUAUUUUAUCCCUUUUGUGGAGAAAGAGUGGAAUAGCUUGAAGGUUGGUGAAAGAGGAGAUUUUGUGCUAAAAGAAAAGCUUAAACUUUUUAAAGAGAAGCUAAAAUGGUGGAAUAAGGAGGUCUUCGGGAAGUUUGAUUUGGAGAUGGAGGGAGGAGUUCGGGAUAUCAAUAUAGCCGAUCAAAAGUUGGAUUCGGAUGAUAUUGAUCAUUUCAAUGAGAACCUUGAUAAGAGGAGGGAAGCGUGUUGUAGAUUUUGGAAGAAUUUGGGUAUUAGAGAAAACAUGCUUCUCAAAAAAUCUAAAUUGAAAUGGAUUCAAGAGGGAGAUUCUAAUAGCGGCUUUUUUCAUAAGGUGAUGAAAGAAAAAAGAAGGCGCAAUCACAUUGGCCCGAUCUUCACUUCGGGCGGAGUGGUAGAUUCGGUGGAGGAGGUGAAAGAAGCGGUUUUCAAUAAUUUUUGUAAUAAGUUUAUUGAUUCGGAAGAGGAAAGACCGGUGUUGGAUGGUGUUGAUUUCAAAUCCUUAAGUGUAGAAGAAGCGGUGGGGCUUGAAAAACCUUUUCUUGAUAGCGAGAUAAAAGAGGCGAUUUGGGAUUGUGGUGGGGAUAAAAGCCCGGGGCCGGAUGGUUAUUCUUUUCUUUUCUUUAAGAAGUGUUGGAAUAUUAUUAAAGAAGACUUCAUCAAUUUCUUCAAACACUUUUUUGAGGGAAGUUCUAUUUCUAAGGCGAUUUCUUCUUCCUUUUGA